GCCUCUCCCCCGCUUCAUGUUUUUGCAGAAUCCCUCCCAGCUCUAAUUUCCUCAUAGCUGUUCAGAUUUCCUGCUGUAGCAUUUUUUUUUUAAAUUCUUCCAAGGGAGAGAAAUCAGGACAACCUCUUCUCUAGGAGGGAGGUGGUUGGUAUCCUAAGCUGUGGAGAAGAUCUGCUUUGAUCCAAACCAGGUGUUGUCUGGUUUGUGUUCAUUCCUGCCUGGGCCAAGCAACUGAUCACAAGAUGUUUUUUUGGUUUGUGUGCUAUCUUGUGGUUGUGUGGCUGAUUUCUGCCUCAGAUGAGAGCUGUCCAGAACUUCCCUCAGUGGAAAAUGGCAUAAUUGUUAUAAAGGAGGUAGAAGGACAAAUUCUGGGGACCUGCCUUUGUAUCAAGGGCUACCACCUGGUAGGAGAGAAAACCUUAUUUUGCAAUGCCUCUGUGGAGUGGAAUGCUCCUGUUCCCAUAUGUCGCCUGGGCCACUGUCCUGACCCUAUGCUGGUGAAUGGCGAACCCAGUUCCCUGGGUCCUGUCAACGUGAAUGACAAAAUCACUUUUAAGUGCAAUGAGGACUACAUUCUUAAGGGCAGCAAUUGGAGUCAGUGCCUGGACAACCACACCUGGAUGCCUCCCUUGCCUGUCUGCAAAAGCAGAGACUGUGGCCCUCCUGGGAAUCUAGCUCAUGGCUAUUUUGAAGGAAGAGAUUUCAACUCAGGAUCUACCAUUACUUAUCACUGUGAAGACAAGUACCACUUAGUGGGCACGCGGGACCAACAGUGCGUUGACGGGGAGUGGAGCAGUGCACUUCCCAUCUGUGAAUUGAUCCAGGAAGCUCCCAAGCCAAUUCCACAGACUGCGUUUGAGAAGGCACUUUUUGCCUUUCAGGAAAAUAAAGAACUUUGCAAAGCCAUAGAGAACUUUGUGCAAAGACUGAAGGAAAAUGACUUAACAAUGGAGGAACUAAAAUACUCUCUGGAAAAAAAAAAAGCUGAGUUAGAGACAAAAAUGUUGUCCUGACGUUGUAACUGAGCAGACUGGGUAAUCUGGGUAAUAGAAAUGCACCUAGGAAUAAAUUUUCUCUUGGUU